AGAGUCCUUCUAGAAAUUGGAGCAAAUGGGCAGGAAUAACCAGUCAGUGGUAACUGAAUUCAUACUACAGGGUCUCUCCAGUUCUUGGGAACUACAAGUUUUCUAUUUCCUAUUUUUCUCCACUGUCUAUGCAGCCACUGUACUGGGGAAUCUCCUAAUUGUGCUCACCAUCAUGUCAGAGUCACGCCUUCACUCCCCCAUGUACUUUCUGUUGGGCAAUCUCUCCUUCAUUGACAUGUCUCUGGCCUCAUUUGCAACUCCCAAAAUGAUUGCAGAUUUUCUCAGUGAACGGAAAGCCAUCUCUUUUGAAGGGUGUAUCACUCAGAUAUUCUUUCUACAUCUCUUGGGGGGAGCUGAGAUCGUCCUGCUGAUAGCCAUGUCCUUUGAUAGAUACGUGGCUAUAUGCAAGCCUCUACGUUAUUUGACCGUCAUGAACCGGAAAAUGUGUAUUGGGCUUGUAACGCUUUCCUGGAUUGUUGGAAUCUUUCAUGCCAUGAGUCAGUUAGCAUUUACUGUGAACCUGCCCUUCUGUGGUCCCAAUGAAGUGGACAGCUUCUUUUGUGACCUUCCCUUGGUAAUUAAACUUGCCUGUGUGGACACUUAUAUUCUGGGAGUGUUUAUGAUUUCAACCAGUGGCAUGAUUGCCCUGGUGUGCUUUAUCCUCUUGGUGAUCUCCUACACCAUCAUCCUGGUCACUGUUAGGCAACGUUCUUCUGGUGGGUCCUCCAAAGCCCUCUCCACCUGCAGUGCCCACUUCACUGUGGUGACCCUUUUCUUUGGCCCAUGCAUUUUCAUCUAUGUGUGGCCUUUUGAAAAUUUCCCAAUAGACAAAGUGCUCUCAGUCUUUUAUACCAUUUUCACUCCCCUCUUGAAUCCAGUCAUCUAUACCCUUAGAAAUAAAGAUGUGAAGAAUUCCAUGAGGAAACUCAGUGGCCGUAUUUUUAAAUCUAGUAAAACAGACCAUAACCCUUGA